UAUGCAGGUGCACCCACAAAGGAACAACCUAAGCGUCUCCAUGUAUCAAAUAUUCCCUUCAGAUUUAGAGACCCAGAUCUCAGAAAUAUGUUUGGUAAAUUCGGCACAAUACUUGACGUGGAAAUCAUCUUCAAUGAGCGAGGAUCAAAGGGUUUUGGUUUCGUGACCUUUGCUUCUGCAGCUGAUGCAGAUCGUGCCAGGGAAUCUCUAAACGGCACUGUCGUGGAAGGUCGCAAGAUUGAGGUGAACAAUGCCACUGCCCGUGUUCAAACCAAGAAGCCAGCAGCAGCAGUUCCUAAUGUUAUACUCGCUAGAAAUGGAAUGGUGCCAACUGCCGUGGCGGCGGCCCUCCGAGGUGUUGCGAUCCAGCGUGGCAGGGCUCGGACGUAUCCGGCCACUGCCCUUGCACGUCAUCCCACCCCACUAACAGCUGCCGCCACAGCUCUGCAUGGCUACACACCCGGUGUAUAUUAUGACCCCUUCCUAGCAGCGCAAGCAGCAACAGCCACUCCUCUUCAGGUGAACCCGCAAGCAGCUGCAGCCGCAGCAGCAGCGGUGGGCCAGCCUGCUGCUGCCGUUGGUGCGGUCAACCCCGCCGCCGUGGGGGCUUCUGCUGCUCAGCUCCUUUCGAAAUAA